AUGCACGACUUUGACUCGGGGUCGGAGCUGAGCAGUCCCGGGGCAUCGCCGAAAGGCGCUCCCGCUGAGCCAGCUGCGGAUGCGCCACCAGUCGCGCCACAGGCACCUGCACCAGAGUCGGCACCCACCCAAGAGUCGGCGCCCCCACCGCCUCCCAAAAAGCCACGCACGCGACCGCCGCCCGAGGCGCGGUUUGCGCAUGACAUGAGCGGAUGGGACCAGCUGUUUGGGCCCAUGACGCAGCCGACGCCGACGCGGGCCAAGGAUGCUACGCCAGAGCAGCGCGCCGCUGCCGUGGAAGCCGAGUCCGCGCGCGUGCGCGAGAGUCGCGCCCACGAGGCGGAGAAAGCGCGGGAGGAAAAGGCUCGUGAGGCGACGGAGCGGGCCAAGGAGCAGGAGCGGCACGUCGCUGCGGCGAUUCGAAAGCCGCGUGUCCGACCUGAUGUGCCGCCUACGGAGCGACGCCCUCAGUCUGUGACGCUGGACGUGCUUGCCGAGAAGCGCCGGCAGCUGCGAGACGAUAUGCACGUCGCUACGUCGAUGGAUAUGCUCUCCCACAUUCGCUCGAUGCAUUCGUUUGAAGAUGCCAUGGCACAGGAUCGCCGCGCUCUGCGUGCAUCCAAGUUCGGUGCUGGACUGCAGCAUCUACGUAUGGGGUCGUAG